AUGUCCUUUGGGUUCGAAGAACUGUCAAUAGCUCAAGAAGAAACCACUGAUGAGGCCAAACAAACCCUGAAUUGGAACGAAAUUAAAACGUAAGUUAUUUCUGGAAGUUAUUGAAGUUUAGACGCACAAGUGAAAUGUAAAUAAUUUUAGAAAGUACGAUGACUUCCACACGAUUGAUUGGCCGCGAGAUCUGGCCCGUGAUAGGAUGCGGCACAAAUUUAUUAAAGGUGUUAGACAAGACUCCAUGUUGGGAAUGUUUUAUGGCAUCUGGGAUGCUGGUUCUGGUUGGAUCUGUGUACUACUUGUGGGAUUGGCUGCCGGAACAGUGGCUGGUGUCAUUGAUAUCAGUGCAAGAUGGAUGAGUGAUCUAAAGGUAAGUGAAAUAUAUUAUUUUUACUAUUUUUUAGAGUGGUAUAUGCGCUGAUCGCUUUUGGUUGGAUCGUGAACAUUGUUGUUGGUCUGCCAAUGACAGCGCAUAUAAAGAUAACGACUGUAGUGCGUGGACAACGUGGCCGGAGAUGUUACAUUACUACGACAAGAACUUUUUCUAUUAUUCUCUGGAGUUUUUCUUCUAUGUUGUAUGGGGAGGUAAGUUACAAAAAAUAUUAUUUUAAUCGUCCUUUUAGUAUUGAUGGCAGGCACUGCAGCUUGCUUGGUCCGAACCUUUGCUCCAUAUGCUUGUGGCUCCGGUAUCCCUGAGAUCAAAUGUAUCUUAUCAGGAUUUGUGAUCCGCGGAUACCUGGGAAAAUGGACGUUUAUCAUAAAGUCUGUGGGUCUUAUAUUGUCAUCUGCCUCAGGUAUGUCUGUUUUUGCGGCUGUCUUAUCCUUAGGAUUGAAUCUGGGAAAGGAAGGUCCAAUGGUGCAUCUUGCGUGUUGCAUUGGUAAUAUACUAUCAUAUCUCUUCCCAAAAUACGGGCAAAAUGAAGCCAAGAAAAGGGAAAUACUGUCGGCUUCAGCUGCUGCUGGUGUCUCUGUGGCUUUUGGCGCUCCAAUUGGGGGUGUAAUGUUCAGGCAAGUAGUAUUUAGUACUUAUCUAUAUUUAUUAAUUUAUAUAAUUUUAGUUUGGAAGAAGCGAGUUAUUACUUCCCUUUGAAGACGAUGUGGCGCUCUUUCUUUUGCGCACUUGUUGCCGGCGUUAUUUUGAGGAUGGUGAAUCCAUUCGGAUCGGAUCAGGUAAGUGAUAUGUUCUGAUAUAUUCAAUCCUUUAUUCAGACGUCCCUGUUCCAUGUAGAUUACAAUAUGAAAUGGUCAUUCUUCGAGUUGGUUCCAUUUGCUGUUAUCGGAACUUUUGGUGGAAUGAUAGGCUCCUUUUUCAUCUGGUGGGAUCUGCUUCUCUAAAUUAAUAUAAUUUUAUAGGGCCAAUGUUAAAUGGUGCUUGUUCCGCAAAUCAAGCAAGUUCUUGGGUCAGAACCCCAUCCGUGAGGUCCUUGUAGUCGCUGCGAUUACUGGAGCUAUCCAAUAUAUGAAUCCAUACACAAGAAAGAGCUCCAGUGCUUUGAUUAAACAGGUAAUCUGCUUUUUAAGUAAAUAAUAUUCCCUGAUUAGUUAUUUGACAGAUGCGGACCAGAGGAUUACAUGGAAGAUCUUUGUGAUUACAAGAAUAAAACGUUCACAGCUGACAAAAUCGAUGAGAAUUAUCACACCGGCCAUAUGGGAUUCGGGGUUCAGGUAACCUAUUUUCUAGAAUAAUAUCAUUGGUAAUUUCAGACUGCAUUUUGGCAACUGAUUAUGGCCUUGUUUGUCAAGUUGUUCCUUACAGUUGCCACUUUUGGUGUCAAAGUUCCCUCAGGGCUCUUCAUUCCGAGCUUGGCCAUGGGUGCCAUUGCUGGAAGACUUCUUGGAAUCCAAGUUGAAUCUUUUGUGAGCACUCUGCAGAGCACUGGAAGUUCCGGAUGGAAUUGUCAGAUUGGGAAGGACUGUGUGAUGCCUGGUCUGUAUGCCAUGGUCGGAGCUGCGGCUGUCCUAGGUGGAGUAACUAGAAUGACGGUCAGUUUAGUGGUCAUUAUGUUCGAAUUGACUGGAAGUCUCGAAUUUAUUGUACCCACAAUGGCAGGUGUGAUGUUUGCUAAAUGGGUUGGCGAUGCUAUUUGUAAAGAGGUGGGACUUUUACGGUUGACUAAUUACUGUUUUAGGGUAUUUAUGAUGCUCACAUAGAAAUGAAUGGAUAUCCUUUUCUUGAUAACAAAGGAGAAUAUCCCUUCUCGACCACCGCAUUCGAAGUUAUGAGAGCAGGUACCGAUCAAGCUCCCCUGAAAGUGAUCAGUAAUGGGAAGAUGACAGUAGGAGACCUGGAGGGAUUACUUCGAGAAUCAUCCUUUAGCGGAUUCCCAGUGGUCGAAAAGGAUGAUCUGGUUAUUGGAUUUUGUACAAGAAGAGAUCUCGAAUCCGCCCUGAGGGCAGCUCGAAAGAAUCACACGAAUGUGACCACCCAAUCCAAAGUUUAUUUCACUCCGCACUCAACUGACGAUGAUAUCCCCGGCUCCAGUGCCGGACCUAUUUCUCUGAGAUUACGCAAAGUUAUGGACAUGGCCCCGUUAACUGUCACAGAACAAACUCCCAUGGAAACAGUGAUUGAUAUGUUCAGAAAACUGGGCCUUCGUCAAGUUCUAGUCACCCGGGAUGGUCGAUUACUCGGAAUUAUAACCAAAAAAGAUGUCCUCGCAUUCAUGAGGGAGGGAUCCGAAUUGUAA